CCGCCAAAGGAGCUGCGAACCGCCAUCCCGGGCAGCUGCCGGGACAGGGGUCGGGCUUGGAAUUCGUGUAAGAGGCAGAGACUGUUGGUUCCAGCAACAUGGGGGAUUAUAUCAGAUUGAAGUUCCAGCAGCAGCUUUUCCUCAUUAGUGAAAAUCUGGUGACCGAAGAUGUAGCAGCUUUAAAAUUUCUCUGUUCUGACUUGCUCCACAUCAGAAAACUAGAAGGUGUGAGGUCAGCAGCAGACAUCUUUGAGCUUCUUGUGAAUCAAGAUUAUUUGAGUGCAGAAGACACUUUCCUACUAGCUGAACUCUUAUACAGAAUUAAAUGUCAUGCCUUGCUCGAGAAACUUGGUUACAGCAAGAAGAAAGUACAAGAACAUCUGCAUGAGAGGGGAAGAGUAUCUCCAUACAGGCAGAUGCUGUAUGAAUUGUCAGAGAACAUCACCAAUGAGAUGUUGAAGGAGAUCAUAUUCCUCCUGCAAAACCGUCUUCCAAAGCGAUGGACAACUCUUUCUGCUUUGGAUUUGCUGACUUUGUUGGAAAAACAGAGCCUUUUAACUGAAGAAAAUGUAGAGGUACUGGAGGAAGUCUGUAAGACUGUUUCACCUGAUCUUCUGGAGACAAUAAACUGCUACAAAAAGGCAAAAGAUAACACGGCAACCAAUUUUACACAAGGCUUCCCCGAGAAAAACCUGGAGCUGCGUGGAGAAUUCGGCAAUGUAGAAAAUAAAUCCAAGARUAUGACAAGCUACAAAAUGGAUGGACCACACAGAGGAUUUUGUCUCAUUAUCAAUAAUGUUAACUUCAAUAAUUCUCGUAGGAAUGGUUCUUGCAAAGAUGCUGAGCAACUGGAGAGAGUAUUCAGAUGGCUUGGUCUGGAUGUGAGGACUUACCCAGAUCUGACGUCUGGGGAUAUUAUAAAUCUCAUGCAAACUUGGCAGCAAAUGCAAGAYCACAAAGACAGGAACUGUUUUAUAUGUUGCAUUCUCUCUCAUGGAGAGUCAGGAGCAGUCUAUGGGACAGAUGAGGAACUUGUGUCAAUACGCACAAUUAUGUCCCACUUCACUGCCAAACAAUGUCCCCAGCUGGCUGCAAAACCCAAACUCUUCUUUAUCCAAGCAUGCCAGGGUAAAAAUAUACAAUGCCCUGUCUAUGUUGAUGCUGCUCAACAAACUCUUGAUUUGUCUUCCAUGCAAGAGAGCUUUUCUCUUUUUGAAAGUAUUCCUGAAGAGGCUGAUUUCCUCCUGGGCAUGGCCACAGUUGAUGGAUUUGUCUCUUUCCGGCACAUUGAAGAAGGUUCUUGGUAUAUUCAGGCCCUCUGCAGCAAGCUGCAGUUGUUGGUACCAAGGGGUGAAGAUAUUUUGUCAAUUCUUACAGAAGUUAAUGAAGAUGUGGCCAGACGUGUUAGCCCUUCAGGGACAAAGAAGCAAAUGCCCCAACCAGCAUAUACCUUAAGGAGAAAAUUUAUAUUCCCUAUACCUGCAGAUCCUCCUCCUUCAGACCAACAUCAAGGCUUUUAAAAUACAUAAUUUUAUUAUCUUGUUUAAAUGCAGUUCAUCACACUACCUGUUUUAUGACAAUUAUGCAAAACCCUGAGGAUUUGUUAGCUGCAGUUCAAGGCCUCAUAAAUUUUGUCAACCAAACUGUGAAACUGGAGGAGACACAAUUAA